CUUCCCUUCCUUCCUCGCACGCAGCUUCUUCUGAACCAUGGUCUUCAGACAGCUUCUUGUCCUUGGCGCCGUUGUUGCAGCCACAACCGCGUCCUCGCAAAUCUUCGAGCACCAUCCGCCUAUGCCACACGAAUUCGCAUACGGCGUGGAAGCUCCGGAGACAGGCGAUGUGAAGGAACACAAGCAGACUGUGUCUCGCACGGGGAGGACUGACGGCGAAUACCGAUGGCUUCAACCAAACGGCCUCUACCAAGUCGUCAGGUAUUACGUGGACGGCGACUCCGGAUUUCAGGCUCACGUAAGCGAGGAGCCAGGACCUGGUGUCGGAAACUACUACAGCAAUUCUCUGAGUGGGGAGAGUUCUGUGGGCUUCGUUCCCCCGUUGUCCCACGGCGUUGUUGGUCAUCACAAUCCCCUUCAUCCUGGCAUCAGCAACGUGAUCACGCCUCCAAGCCACGUCUCAUUUACCGGCCCAUUACCUAGUCCCUUCGGUCAGACCUCCUUGAUCCCCCUGUCGCCCACACAUGUCUCUGUCUCCUCUGAUCUGGGACUAAACCAACCCUUCUCUUCCUUCUCUGGGCCUGGAAAUUCCUUCUCCUCCUUCUCGAGGCCUGGGAAUUCCUUCUCCUCCUUCUCGAGGCCUGGGAAUUCCUUCUCCUCCUUCCCGAGGCCUGGAAAUUCCUUCUCAACUCUCUCACUGCCUGGCCAAACCUUCUCCUCCUUCUCGAGGCCUGGCCAGUCCCUCUCCUUCUCGGGGCCUGGUCAGUCCCUCUCCUUCUCGGGGCCUGGAAAUUCCUUUUCUUCUUUCUCGAGACCCAGCCAUUCCUUCUCCUCCGUCCCAAGGCCCAGCCGCGUCUCCCUCUCUCCCACGACGCUGAAUCGAGGCUCUUUCUCCACCACCGUGGCGCCUCACCACACUUCCUUCACCACCUCCCCGGGAUUCAACACUCACCACCAGAAUUUCGGAGGAGUGACCGACGGAAGUAUCAUCCACGUGUAAAAGGACAUCGAAGACUCCUCCUCCUUCAGGAUUUUCGCCUUGAAGUUCACCCGACGAGAACAGGAUCGUGGAUAAAGACCUGGCUCUCCUCAGCUUGAUACGACCUGCCUGUUGUAUCUUCUUGGGGGAAUUCUGCACGUUCUCUAUCUCGCUACAAAUGCUAAAACCCUCGAACUCACUUAUUUCUACAAGACUGUAACUACCCUUUCAUUGUCAACGAUUCGAAAUGGCACGAGAAUAAAGUAUGCAAACUAA